AUGUCCUCUGAAGAGAUUAAAACCAAAGCCACUGACGCUGUCAACACUGCUGAAACCAAAGUUGACGAGGCCGGCAAAACUGUUACUGACUCUGCUAAAGAAUUCGAGUCCAAAGUUGAAUCCUCUCUUGAGGAUGCUAAGAAGCAAGGCGAGCCUGCUUUGAAUGAUGCCAAGGACAAGGUCGAGACUGCCGUUGACGAUGUGAAGGAUAAGACUUCUAACGCAUUAGGUGAUUCUAAAGACAAGUCUGAGAAUGCUGCCACUAAUGCUGAGGGUCAAGCUCAGGAGACUGCUAAGACUGAGGAGACCAAGACUGGCUUGAAGAAGUAUCUUGCCAAGUUCAAAAAGGUUUUCAACAUCUAA